AUGGGUAGACGUGGUAACGGUCCGAAAAAUAACAAGCAGAAACUGGCUCCCGAAAAGGAGCGUUUCAUUCAAUGUUGUUCGGAUAUCACACUUGAACUAACGACGUCCUUGACGUCCGGCACUUCUAGGGAAAUCAACCUAAAUGGCCUGAUCACAAAAUAUUCCAAGAAGUACAAGCUGAAACAACAGCCACGGCUAACUGAUAUUAUCAAUUCUAUUCCUGAUCAAUACAAAAAAUACCUACUGCCGAAGCUGAAAGCCAAACCCGUCAGAACGGCGUCAGGUAUCGCCGUGGUUGCCGUCAUGUGCAAACCUCACCGCUGUCCACAUAUUGCAUACACUGGAAAUAUCUGUGUUUACUGUCCUGGGGGGCCGGACUCCGAUUUUGAGUACUCCACCCAAUCAUACACUGGUUACGAACCUACAUCAAUGCGGGCGAUCAGAGCUCGUUAUGACCCCUACGAACAAGCUAGAGGCAGAGUUGAGCAACUCAAGCAGCUUGGCCAUUCCAUUGACAAAGUUGAAUAUAUUAUCAUGGGAGGAACCUUUAUGUCUUUGCCCAAGGAUUAUCGCGAAGAUUUUAUCGUAAAACUACACAAUGCCCUCUCAGGAUUCAACGGUACUGACAUCGAUGAGGCCAUUCAGUACUCACAGCAGAGUUUAACCAAAUGUGUUGGUAUCACCAUCGAGACGAGGCCUGACUACUGCACUCAAACGCAUUUGGAUGAUAUGUUGAAGUACGGGUGUACCAGACUAGAGAUUGGUGUCCAAUCUCUCUAUGAGGAUGUUGCCCGUGAUACGAACCGGGGUCACACAGUAAGCUCUGUUGCAGAAACUUUCUGCGUGGCUAAAGAUGCAGGGUACAAAAUUGUUUCCCACAUGAUGCCAGAUCUGCCCAAUGUUGGUAUGGAGAGAGAUAUUGAGCAAUUCAAAGAAUAUUUUGAAAAUCCUGCUUUUCGUACCGAUGGGUUGAAAAUCUACCCCACGCUAGUGAUUAGGGGCACUGGCCUAUAUGAGCUAUGGAAAACUGGCCGUUAUAAGUCAUAUAAUGCUAAUGCCCUUGUAGACUUAGUGGCGAGAAUUAUGGCUUUGGUGCCACCUUGGACCAGAAUUUAUCGUGUUCAAAGAGACAUCCCAAUGCCAUUAGUCACCUCAGGAGUUGACAACGGUAAUUUGAGAGAAUUGGCUUUAGCGAGAAUGAAGGAUUUCGGCACUACUUGUAGAGACGUUCGUACUAGAGAGGUGGGUAUCCAAGAAGUGCACCACAAGGUACAACCGGAUCAAGUCGAAUUGAUCAGAAGAGACUACUAUGCCAAUGGUGGUUGGGAAACAUUUUUGUCAUAUGAAGAUCCCAAACAAGAUAUUUUGAUCGGUUUAUUGAGACUAAGAAAGGCCUCCAAGAAGUACACCUACAGAAAAGAGUUUACAUCCCAAAGGACUUCUAUUGUAAGAGAACUACACGUCUAUGGGUCUGUCGUACCGCUUCACUCUAGAGACCCUCGUAAGUUCCAACAUCAAGGCUUUGGUACCCUUUUGAUGGAAGAAGCUGCCAGAAUUUCCAAGGAGGAACAUGGCUCAGAAAAAAUUUCUGUCAUAUCCGGUGUUGGUGUCAGGAACUACUACGCAAAGUUAGGUUACGAGCUUGAUGGUCCAUAUAUGUCCAAAAAGCUUUGA